AUGACGCGUCGGCAACGUCUUGGCGCGGUCCUCGUUGCUCUCGCUGUCAUGGGCGACGCACAUCAGUCACGUGCACUUGGGCUUUUCAAGCGCAUGCCAAAGCAACGUCUUCUUCCGCAAACAACCAUCGACACGUACGGCGGCGACAAGUUCAAGUCGCCGGAUCUGCACUCGGUGAGUCUCUGCGACUUGCCGAGCGGCGCCACGGUCGAGUACUGCGUCGGGUCAUUUGCGUCGACGUUUCUUGUGCCGCCAUCGCCGGGCGACGACGCGACACCGACAGUCCUUGGCCUCGUCGGUGACGUUGGCGACACGGCACAAGACGAUCUCAACGCUCUUGACAAGUACCAAGCCUUGCGCCCACACGCUAUCCUUGUCGCCGGCGACUGGCCGUACGCCGACGGGAAACGCGCCAAGUGGGGCAAGUGGUUUGAGCUCCAAGAAGCCACGUUCGCGACUAUUUCCGUCACCGGCAUUGACGGCAACCACAAGGUGCUCACGGCCGACGAAAACUACAAGGCGUAUUUGCGGCGUGUGCCCGGCCCCCUCUCGGACGCCAGCAAGAAGGCCCUUCGACCGUACUACUCGCUCGCGAUUGGGCUCGUGCACGCAGUGUUCCUUGACGACUACAUCGGUGCAACCGCCAAGUUUGGCGGCAACAACUGGCGCCACGAGCGCGACCGGCAGCUGACGUGGCUCCAAGAGGACUUGAUGGCCGUCAACCGGUCCACGACACCGUACGUGCUGGUUAUCAAGUACAACCCGUUCUACAACUCGUUCCGCGGGCACCAGUGCGUGUGCGGGGCGACGCCAUUAGAGAUCGACAACGUCGCGUCGUGCUGGGUCAGCGACUACAACACAUACCAAGAAGGAGCCUUACUGCGGUCUCCAAGCCAAGCUCGAAGAUCGAUGCAGUGCCAUCGUGGUCCCUCACCUGAUGUGUCGCCUUUUCACCACGCGAGAAAACUCCAAGUGCUGUGGUUCAACAACCACGACCUCCAGACACCCCGCGAUUCGUACGUGCUUUUGGCCGCGGACGUCCUAGCUACGCUGAUAUUGCCAAAUUGGACAACACGAAGAGAACUUCC